UUGCUGUUUUUAUGAAUUGACCAAAAUGGCAUUCACUUUGAGCUGGAGGCAAUUUGGCCUAGUGUUAUUCUUGUUCAUUGGCCUAUCUCUGGGUCUUCCCAGUUUGGAAAAUCAUACGGACGACCAAAUCGAACAGAUAAUAGCUUGCAGACAGCCCAAGGCACCUGGAUUGUGCCGAGGUCGCCAGCUGAGAUAUGCCUACAACAAGAAGACCGGAAAUUGCGAAAGCUUUUACUACACGGGCUGUGCAUCCACUGAGAAUAAUUUCCUGACCUUUGAGGAGUGUCGCAGGGAUUGCAUGCAACGCCUGCGCUACUGAAAUCCUCAUGAAUCUAUGCUUAAUAUAUAUUUAAUGUUACACAAA